UUGUCUCCCACGCGCCAGCUAGCUUCACAUGCAGAUAGAUAGAAUUCAAUGGCGACCUCCUUUAAUUUGGCCUGAUCUAUAUCUUCCACCAGAGUUGAUUAAAUGAUAAUGAGAUGAGAUCGAUGCAACACAACAACAACAGCCUCAAAUCAGGUCUCAAGCGCCUCGAUCAUCAAGUAGCUAGCGAGAUCACCAUCGGCUAAACGAUGGGGACAAGCAACAUGGGCAAUGAAGGGAGCUCAGCCGCAAGCAACGAUGACAGCACGGUGGAGGAGGAAGGCGGCCAGGACAUGACCAGGGCCGGCGACUCGUCGUCGUCAGUGCGCCCCUAUGUUCGUUCCAAGAAUCCCCGCCUCCGCUGGACGCCAGAGCUCCACCACUGCUUCGUCCGCGCCGUGGAAAGGCUCGGCGGCCAAGAUCUUGCAACUCCUAAGCUGGUCCUUCAGUUGAUGAACGUUAGAGGGCUUAGCAUAGGCCAUGUCAAGAGCCAUCUCCAGAUGUACAGAAGCAAGAAGAUUGACGAUUCCGGCCAGGUCAUCAUAGGUCACUUGCAACAGGGAGGACAAGUCUAUAACUAUGCUCAUCUCCCCUUCCAUCAUCGUGUCAGUGGUGCCGGUACAAUGCUCUCUAGGUUUGGCACUAGACCAUGUCCUCCAUCGAGGGGGAGCUGGCAUGAACCAUACUGGCUCCAUGGCCACCGUUUACUUGGAUCAAAACCAUACUAUUCAUCAUCAGCAGCAGCUCAUCAUGACGAGGCUCUCCUUAGAGCACGUGCUCAACAUGUAUCUGGCUAUAACCCAGCUUUGAUAGUCCAAGAAUCCUCUUCAUCGAGAAAUGAUUAUCACGCCAUGAAUCGCUACCACUAUGAAAGACGGCCGCUGCAAGCUGCUACGACGGAGGACAACGAUGAUCAGAUCCAUGGUCGUGAUAUAAACCUGGAUCUCUCGCUCGAUAUCGGUGGUGGACAGCGGCUAGAGAUGAAGAGCAAGAGAGGCUGCACGAGAUGGGGGAAACAAGCAGAAGAAGAUGAUGACGAUCAGGUUGAUGUCAAUGAAGAAUUGAAGAGCACUGCUACUAGACUGUCUCUAUCCCUACUCUCUCCUAGUCCUAUUACUCUUGAUCGAAAGGGGAGUAGUGCUAGUGAUCAUGCACUAGGUCUAGAUGUCAAUGUGGAUAAGAUAGGGAAAGUGCAAUAUGCAAUCAGGGCAAGCACUCUUGAUCUCACCAUAUGAUCGAUCUGUUGCAGUGUAGUACUUAAUACUUAUCCAUAUCCAUAUAUACAUAUGUAGAGC